AUGUACGAAUACGACGAAUCUGGUCAGCAGUACGAUGUGCACAGCGGCAUGCCAAUGACGGAUGCAUCGAUGAUGAUGAUGACGGGUGGAACUCAACAGUAUGGUGCCAGUGGGGCCUCAGCAGAGUCUUAUGGAGCUGGGACGACGUAUGACAACGUGUCUCGGCAGCAGACCGCACAGCCUAGCAGCGGCACUUCGGGUCGAAAGGGGCCCGGCAGGCCUAGAAAAGCAGAGGCAUCCAAUAGCACGGCGCCUGCUACGCUGGAAGACGACGACGCAUUUCCGUCGUUUGUUGAUGAAUCUGCCCACAACCAGCUCACCGAAGAGGACAUGGCAGAACUAGAGGAUGAAUUCGGUCAGGUCUGCUUGGAUAUGUUCCAGCAGGGGCAAAGUGGGGGACCGUCCGAGUGA